GGUCCUCCGCUCUUCCCCAGCGAACACGCGGCGACCUCAGGACGCUCACGCCCGGGCCGGGCACGCCCCAGCGCACACCUGCUUCCUGCCUCCGGGCGCAGCGAAUCCCCGCUCGGGCUGCGCGCGGCCGCGCGCUCGGACCCCGCAGGUGAGCCCCCGCCCCGCUGAGCACGAGCCCGAGGAGGCUCGCGCCCUGCCCGCCGUCGCCCGAGCCAGUCGCGGCGAGCGCUCGCCUGCCGGGAAGGACCGACCCGUGACCUGCCUCGCCGGGGCCGCAGCCCUGGGAGAGUUAGCGCCGGCCGCCGGGGAGCUUCUCCGCCAAGACGGCCAGGCGCUGACUGACGCGGCGCCGCGCCACGGUUCCCGCCCGGGGCCGCCCCGCCGCCCGCGCAGCCUCGAGCCUCGUCCCUCUGCGGCCCCGCGCCGCCCUGGCCUCUCGCCCAUGGAGGUGGCCGCGCUGUACACGCAGUACAACAGGGUUUGGAUUCCCAGUCCUGAAGAAGUUUGGAAGUCUGCUGAAAUAGCGAAGGACUACAGAGUCGGCGACAGAGUCCUGCAACUCCUGCUGGAGGAUGGAACGGAACUGGACUAUUCCAUUGAUCCAAAAGCCCUGCCUCCUCUUCGGAAUCCCGACAUCCUCGUGGGUGAGAACGACCUCACCGCCCUCAGCUAUCUCCACGAGCCGGCGGUGCUCCACAACCUCAGAGUCCGCUUUGCAGAAUCCAAGCUCAUUUACACCUACAGUGGAAUCAUUUUGGUGGCCAUGAAUCCUUACAAGCAGUUGCCGAUAUAUGGAGAUGCCAUCAUCCACGCCUACAGCGGGCAGAACAUGGGUGAUAUGGACCCACACAUAUUUGCCGUGGCAGAAGAGGCAUACAAGCAGAUGGCCAGAAACAAUAAAAAUCAGUCAAUAAUUGUAAGCGGGGAGUCAGGAGCUGGAAAGACAGUGUCGGCUCGCUAUGCCAUGAGGUACUUCGCCACCGUCAGCAAGUCGAGCAGUAACGCCCACGUGGAGGACAAGGUCCUGGCAUCGAACCCCAUCACCGAGGCUGUUGGAAAUGCGAAGACUACUCGCAAUGACAAUAGUAGUCGGUUUGGGAAAUACACAGAAAUCAGUUUUGAUGAGAGAAAUCAAAUUAUAGGAGCCAACAUGAGAACUUACCUGCUGGAGAAAUCCAGAGUUGUCUUUCAAUCGGAAAAUGAACGAAAUUACCACAUUUUCUAUCAGCUUUGUGCAUCUGCACAGCAGUUGGAAUUUAAGCAUCUUAAGUUGGGGAGUGCGCAAGAAUUUAAUUACACGAGAAUGGGAGGCAGUACUGUGAUCGAGGGUGUGAAUGACAGAGCCGACAUGGCAGAGACCCGGAAGACCUUCACACUCCUGGGUUUCAAGGAGGAUUUUCAGAUGGAUGUUUUUAAGAUCCUGGCAGCCAUCCUACAUCUGGGCAAUGUGCAGAUCAUAGCCGUGGGCAAUGAGAAAUCCUCAGUUAGUGAAGGUGACAGUCACCUGAAGGUGUUCUGUGAGCUGCUCGGCCUGGAGAGCGGCCCAGUGGCCCAGUGGCUGUGCAGCCGCAGAAUCGCCACAGCCUCUGAGACAGUGGUGAAGCCCUUGACCGGGCCUCAGGCCGUCAACGCCAGGGAUGCACUGGCCAAGAAGAUCUAUGCACACCUGUUCAACUUCAUAGUCGAGAGAAUUAACCAAGCAUUGCAGUUUUCAGGCAAGCAGCACACUUUUAUUGGUGUUUUGGACAUUUAUGGCUUUGAAACCUUUGAUGUGAACAGCUUUGAACAAUUUUGCAUCAAUUAUGCUAAUGAAAAGCUGCAGCAGCAGUUUAACCUGCAUGUCUUUAAACUUGAGCAAGAAGAAUAUAUGAAGGAAGAUAUCCCUUGGACUCUGAUAGAUUUUUAUGACAACCAACCAGUUAUUGACCUGAUUGAAGCAAAAAUGGGCAUUUUGGAGUUGCUGGAUGAAGAAUGCUUGUUACCACAUGGAACUGAUGAAAACUGGCUUCAAAAGCUGUAUAAUAACUUUGUCAACAAGAACCCUUUGUUUGAAAAACCCAGAAUGUCAAAUACAUCCUUCAUCAUCCAGCACUUUGCGGAUAAGGUAGAAUAUAAAUGUGAAGGUUUCCUUGAGAAGAACAGAGAUACUGUCUAUGACAUGCUGGUUGAAAUCUUGAGAGCAAGCAAGUUUCAUCUCUGUGCCAACUUUUUUCGAGAAAAUCCGGUUCCUUCUUCCCCUUUCGGUUCAGCGAUCACAGUUAAAGCUGCAAAGCAAGUCAUCAAGCCAAACAGCAAGCAGCUGCGGACCACAGUGGGGAGCAAGUUCCGCAGCUCUCUGUACUUGCUCAUGGAGACCCUCAAUGCAACCACACCCCACUAUGUUCGAUGCAUCAAGCCAAACGAUGAGAAGCUACCCUUUGAGUUUGACUCCAAAAGAAUUGUUCAGCAGCUGCGAGCCUGUGGCGUUUUAGAAACAAUUCGCAUUAGCGCACAGAGCUAUCCCUCCAGGUGGACGUACCUUGAGUUCUACAGCCGCUAUGGUGUCCUCAUGACCAAGCAGGAGCUUUCAUUCAGCGACAAAAAGGAAGUGUGCAAAGUGGUUUUGCACAGGCUCAUCCAGGACUCUAAUCAGUACCAAUUUGGUAAAACCAAAAUUUUCUUCAGAGCAGGACAAGUGGCUUAUCUAGAGAAACUCAGAUUAGAUAAACUGAGACAGAGUUGUGUUAUGAUACAAAAGCACAUCCGUGGCUGGCUCCAGAGGAAAAAAUUCCUCCGAGAGAGACAAGCUGCCAGGAUAAUCCAGCAGUACUUCCGGGGUCAGCAAACCGUGAGGAAAGCUGUUACUGCCACAGCCCUAAAGGAAGCCUGGGCAGCCAUAAUCCUUCAGAAGUACUGCCGUGGAUAUCUCGUUCGCAAUUUGUACCAACUGAUUCGGGUGGCCACCAUCACCAUCCAGGCCUACACCCGAGGAUUCCUGGCAAGGAGGAGGUAUCGAAAGAUGCUGGAGGAACACAAGGCUGUGAUCCUUCAGAAGUAUGCACGGGCGUGGCUGGCCAGACGCAGAUUCCAGAAUAUCCGACGAUUCGUGCUCAACAUUCAGCUUACUUACAGGGUCCAGCGCUUGCAGAAAAAGCUAGAAGAUCAGAACAAGGAGAACCACGGGUUAGUAGAGAAGCUGACCAGUCUGGCCGCUCUUCGGGCUGGUGACAUGGAGAAGAUUCAGAAACUGGAAUCAGCCCUGGACAGAGCAGCCACCCACAGGCACAGCUACGAGGAGAACGGGAAGAGGUGCAGGGCCGCCAUGGAAGAGAAAUUGGCAAAGCUACAAAAGCAUAAUUCAGAACUGGAAAUACAAAAAGAGCAAAUACAGCUAAAGCUUCAAGAGAAGACUGAAGAGUUGAAAGAAAAAAUGGACAACCUCACCAAGCAACUCUUUGAUGAUGUGCAAAAAGAAGAAAGACAAAGAAUACUUCUUGAAAAAAGUUUUGAAUUGAAGACACAAGACUAUGAAAAGCAGAUCUGGUCUCUGAAAGAAGAAAUUAAAGCUCUCAAGGAUGAGAAAACACAGCUGCAGCAUAGCCUGGAGGAAGAGCGCAUUACCUGCGACCGCUUAAAGGGGGAGGUGGCCCGACUGAGCCAGCAGGCAAAGACAAUCUCUGAAUUUGAAAAAGAGAUAGAACUACUUCAGACACAGAAGAUAGAUGUGGAAAAACAUGUGCAGUCACAAAAACGGGAAAUGCGAGAAAAGAUGUCAGAGAUCACAAAACAACUUCUUGAAAGCUAUGACAUUGAAGAUGUAAGAAGCAGGCUCUCUGUGGAAGAUUUGGAACAUUUAAAUGAAGAUGGUGAACUUUGGUUUGCUUAUGAAGGACUAAAGAAAGCAACACGUGUUUUAGAGAGCCACUUCCAGUCCCAGAAGGACUGCUAUGAAAAGGAGAUUGAAGCUUUGAACUUCAAAGUGGUGCAUCUCAGUCAAGAAAUCAAUCACCUGCAGAAGUUAUUUAGAGAAGAGAAUGACAUCAAUGAAAGUAUCCGUCAUGAAGUUGCCAGGCUAACGUCAGAAAACAUGAUGAUCCCAGACUUCAAACAGCAAAUUUCAGAACUGGAAAAACAGAAGCAAGAUCUUGAGAUCCGCCUGAAUGAACAGACUGAAAACAUGAAAGGAAAACCAGAGGAAUCGUCGAAUCAGUUGGCCCACUGUCGAGAGGAGGAAGGAACGCAAAGGGAGACCAUAGAAACCCAAGAUGAAAUACACACCAAAGAAAAAGAGAAGCUGGUUGAUAAGAUUCAAGAAAUUCAGGAGGCCAGUGAGCACCUGAAGAAACAAUUUGAAACAGAAAGUGAAGUCAACAGUAGGUUCCAGCAGGAAGCAUCUCGUCUUACUAUGGAAAACAGGGAUCUUGAAGAAGAGUUAGACAUGAAGGACAGAGUGAUUAAAAAGCUACAAGAUCAAGUCAAGACUCUAACCAAGACAAUUGAAAAAGCCAGUGAUGGGCACUCAGGACCCAAGGAGUACCUUGGAAUGCUGGAAUACAAGAGAGAAGACGAGGCCAAGCUCAUUCAAAACCUCAUUCUCGACCUGAAGCCCCGCGGAGUGGUGGUGAACAUGAUCCCAGGGCUGCCCGCUCACAUCCUGUUCAUGUGCGUCCGCUACACAGACUCUCUGAACGACGCCAACAUGCUCAAGUCCCUCAUGAACAGCACCAUUAAUGGCAUCAAGCAGGUGGUCAAGGAACAUUUAGAAGACUUCGAGAUGCUGUCCUUUUGGCUUUCCAAUACUUGUCAUUUCCUCAACUGCCUGAAGCAGUACAGCGGAGAAGAGGAAUUCAUGAAGCAUAAUAGUCCACAUCAGAAUAAGAAUUGCUUGAACAAUUUUGACCUUUCAGAAUACAGACAAAUUCUUAGUGAUGUGGCUAUACGAAUAUAUCAUCAGUUCAUUAUCGUAAUGGAAAAUAACAUUCAGCCAAUAAUCGUGCCAGGCAUGCUGGAGUAUGAAAGCCUGCAAGGCAUUUCUGGCCUGAAGCCCACAGGCUUCCGGAAGCGGUCAUCUAGCAUAGACGACACGGACACCUACACCAUGACCUCUGUCCUGCAGCAGCUGAGCUAUUUCUACAGCACCAUGUGCCAGAACGGCCUGGACCCCGAGCUGGUGAGGCAAGCGGUGAAGCAGCUCUUCUUCUUGAUCGGGGCCAUCAUGCUGAACAGCCUCUUCCUGCGCAAGGACAUGUGCUCCUGCAGAAAAGGGAUGCAAAUCAGGUGCAACAUCAGCUACUUAGAAGAAUGGCUUAAAGAGAAGAAUUUGCAAAAUAGCUUGGCCAAGGAAACUUUGGAACCUCUCUCUCAGGCAGCCUGGUUGCUUCAGGUCAAGAAGACCACAGACAGUGAUGCCAAGGAGAUCUACGAGCGCUGUACCUCAUUGUCUGCUGUGCAGAUCGUAAAGAUCCUUAAUUCAUAUACACCUAUAGAUGACUUCGAAAAAAGAGUGACUCCAUCCUUUGUUCGCAAAGUACAGGCUCUCCUGAACACCCGAGAGGAUUCAUCACAGCUGAUGCUGGAUACCAAAUACCUCUUUCAAGUCACAUUUCCUUUUACCCCCUCUCCCCAUGCUCUGGAAAUGAUCCAGAUUCCCAGCAGUUUCAAGCUAGGCUUUCUCAAUAGAUUAUAGCAGAAGAGAGAGUAAGUGCACUUUUCCCCCAAAAGCUAAAUGAAGAUCCAAUAUGGGAGAUGUGGUUUAUUAAUUGGAAUUGGAAUUGCUCUAGAAUGUGUUUGAAGGAAGAAAAUAAGAAUUCUCUCAAAUAAGCCACAUUUUUUCUUGCUCACGGUGAUGGAGCGGCCUCUGUCUUUUUGUAAGAAUUAACACAUAGUGGGUGUGGUUGGAAAGACCAUGCCUACCUCUGGAAUCUCAGCUGGCUUUUACCAGCAUUCUUGGAAGGCUCUUGAUUUCUCCCAGGUGCCUCUUGUCUGUAUCCAUCUUGGGACCGGGCUCCACCCAGAGGAAGCCAGAUCUGGGGACGCAGCAUCUCUAAGUGUUCUAAGGUGCAUCCGUGAAGCCACAAGUGGGCUCCAGGGCCGAGUCUUCUAGGAAAUAAUCACAUUUGGCCACCAUGGCCUGUCCAAAGUCCUCUCACCACAAGUCUGCUGGGUGGGCUGGGGCAGGGGGCUCACUGAUGCUUCUUUUUACUAAAAAUGCUCCUACACAGAAAACAUUAUUUCAGACCCCUUGAAUUUUAAAAGAGUAUUCACUCUGAAAUGAAUCAUAUGAAGUACUCUUAUGAUAAAUCUAUCUAAAACUAAUAUAUCAUUAAUGCUGAAUUGCUACACCAUUUAUCAUCUCUUCAGAGAGACCAUUUCUUUACAUUUUAUCUCCCAAAUAUUUGCUGUAAUUUUUCAUUAAUAUCUUUCAUAAAAUUACUUUUUAAAGAAAUACUUAGUUUAAAAAGGCAACCUAAAUGAUUUCCUCUCUCUUAUCAGUAUUCAAAUAUGUUUUAAAUUUUUCCCAUAAAAAUAACUGAAGAAUUAUGUCCAUCCCUCCUUUCGAGAAAUCUUCAUUUCCCAAGUUUUAUAGGAACUGUUUCUCAUCCCUCAAACCUUUUCAUUCCUUCCUUUCAGGACAUGAGACAUCAUUUGUUAAGCAGUCCUAGCCUGUGGCCCCAGUGCCCUUCUGCCCACGCCAAGAAUCCCAGCCAGACUUCUGUUUCCAACAGACUCAUAGGCAAUAGCAGUGAUUCUGUAACAUGGACAUCUUUCUUAGGAGUAGAAAUGAUACAUGAUUAUGAAAUAAUAUCACCCUACUAAAAUGUAACAGUGUUUUUUUAUAUUAGAAAUAAUUUAAUUUUGUUCCUUCAGAUACAUGUGUAUGAAGAAAUGAAAAGUAGAACUUUGUAGUAUUUUAAUCAAUAAAAUUACCAAAUGAACUGAG